AUGGAUGUAGCUUCUGAUCAAGUCACAAGUAUUUGCUUUCACUGUGACAGAGCGAUUCCUUCUUUCAAUCUCGAUUUGCAUGUUGCUCACUGCUCACGGAAGCUUGAAAAAUGUAAACUCUGUGGGGAUAUGGUUCCAAAAAAACAUGCAGAUGAACAUUUCUUGAGCACUCAUGCUCCUGAAUCCUGUUCCUUGUGUAACGAGACAAUGGAGCGUGAGGUAUUUGCCGUUCACAAAGGUGAAAAUUGCCCACAAAGGCUUGUGGCAUGCAAGUAUUGCGAGUUUCCAUUGCCUGCAAUUGAUUUAUUUAUGCAUCAGGAUGUAUGCGGGAAUAGAACAGAACUCUGCCAGCUGUGUAACGGAUAUAUUAGACUCCGUGAAAUAAUGAUCCAUGAGAGUAGAUGCAAUGGAGGCACAGAUAACAUCUCAGAAUCUUCCAGUGACGGAUCGAUUUCUUCUUCUAAUGCAGAAGAACAUUUUUUGAUCAAUGAUGCACUGGAAACAUGCGGGGAAAAAACAGAACGCUGUCAUCUGUGUAGCAGAUAUAUUACUCUCCGUGAAAGAGAUGUUCACGAGAGUAGGUGUAGUGGUGGCACAUACACCAUUUCAGAAUCUUCCAGCAGCACUAGUCCGGCUGAGAGAGAUCACGGGGCUCCUAGAAGGAAGCUACGAGCAGUUCCCAAGACGCGGCUUCUGUUUACAACACUUGCAAUAACAGGCAUUGCUGUUUUAGUAGGCACACUUAUUUUCCAGAGGAAAACUGCAGACACUCAAGUUUCCUAG